AUGGAAGGAGAAAUAAAAAAAAAUCUUAUUGAAAGAACAAAUCAAAUAAAAUGUUUAUGUAUUGACGCUGAAACAAUAGCUAUUGAAACAAUUCUAAGAUUAGAUGAUCAAGAUCAACAAUUAGAAUAUAUUAAUUCACAUAUAUCAUCAAUUGAUAAAACACUUAUUCAUACAAAACAACAUAUUAAUCGUUUAAAAACAAUAACAGAAACAAUUAUUCACAGAUUUAAUAUUAAAUUUCAUCGAAAAAUAUAUUCGAAAUUUAUUUUUUAUUCAAAAAACCAACGAAAAUCAUUAUCAUCAACAUUACAACAAAGAAGAGAAUCAUGUUCAAGAUCAAUUGAAGAUAAUAUUAAUUUAUCAGAAAGAAUAAUUGAUGAAAGAUUUAAUGAUAUUGAAAAUGUUAUAUGUCGUUUAAAGGAUAAAGCUCAACAUAUAAAUUAUCAAUUAAUUGAACAAUCUAAUAAACUUAAUCAUAUAAAUGAUCAUAUUAACAAAUCAACCAUUUAUAUUGAACAAGAAAAUAAUCAUAUUCAAAAAAUCCUUCAAUAA